CUUACCACACGAGGGACAGGCCCAGAGGAGUCGACGAUGAGCUUGCCUCCAGGGUACAAAUGGAGCGUGUUGCUCUUUGUUGUCCUGCUUUCAUUCGCGGGUCUUUCGCAAGCCUCGCUGGGAGAUCGUCUGCCUGAGUUUCGUGAAUGUGUUCAGGUAUGCAUAGAAGAGAAUUGCCAUACCGGGAAAGCGAAGCUGCCAUUUCAUCUGCGCCUCUUGCUCUGGAACUGUCCAUCAGAGUGCGACUACACCUGCCAGCAUGUCAUUACCGAUCGACGCGUGGCUAGAAAUCCGCCAAUGAUUGAGCCUGUGGUUCAGUUUCAUGGGAAAUGGCCCUUUUAUCGCUUCUUGGGCAUCCAGGAGCCCUUUUCGGUUCUCUUCUCCUUGAUGAACUUUCUGGCACAUCGAAAAGGCAUGCAGAGGGUCCGUGAAGCCAUUCCUGCUCGAUAUCCUCUGCGGCCCUACUAUCUCGGUUUCGGCUAUUUUGGACUUGCAAGCUGGAUCUUCAGCAUGAUCUUCCACACGCGAGACUUCAAUGUGACCGAGAAGCUCGAUUAUUUCGCGGCUGGAGCGAGCGUGCUCUACGGCAUGUACUACACACCUAUCCGAGUGUUUCGCCUAGAUGAGAAGACCCCAAUCAAGCAGAGUAUACUACGGCUUUGGACACUUGUCUGCAUUUUGCUCUACGUGGCUCACGUAACCUACCUGACCGCGUGGAGUUGGGAUUAUACCUAUAACAUGGCCGCCAACGUUGCGGUGGGCAUUGUCCAGAACGUGCUUUGGAGUGGGUUCAGUAUCGUAAGGUUCCGCAAGCUGCAGAAGGGAUGGGCAGCAUGGCCCGGUUUAAUCGUGGCUUGGAUCAUCAUGGCGAUGAGUUUGGAACUGUUCGAUUUCCCGCCGUUGUGGGGGAUGAUCGAUGCGCACAGUCUGUGGCAUUUGGGAACGGUCAUUCCCACUAUCUGGUGGUAUAGCUUCUUGAUUAAGGACGCGCAGGAAGACCUUUCCACUCAACGGAUGAAGGCGUGACAUUGGUCGAGAUAAGCAAUCCGAAUCUACCGAUCGCAAACCCCAGAAGUCUGGACAAAAAGCAAGUUGGUGGCUGCAGGAUUGCAUGAUGGUUGGAUAGCCCCGAAAUCAAGAAUACGGGGAUCGCUUCUAGUCUUGAUGAUGUGCAGCGACGAGGGUUGGGAGGGGUUGAUAUUCUGUUUUUGGGGCCAUCAUGGGCUUAUUAGCCACGGCUAGGCAUAUUGCUAGGCUUGCUGGGCUUUAGGUCGCCAAAAUGCCUCCCCCACGCCACUUAACGGGCCGGGCGCCAUUGGCCGAAAGCCUCACUAGUCAGGCACCUUUUGGAGUCGCAGGCCAUCAAUGACACAAUCCACGGGCCUUGACGGCACGUUGUUGGCAGAUGCGGGACAGUUGAGAUAAAUGGCAGUCUGACAGUGCUUAACCCCCUUGAAUUGAG